AUGCUAAAAGACAGCAAGCAACCUGCUGCUGCUGCAGCAGAUAGAUCGCACGCAGCAGCUGUGAAGCUCGAUGGAGGCAAACACGAAGAAGUGUGCAUCGAGGAUUCUCCUGCUUCUCGUGGGAAAAAGCGGAAGCUUCCGUUUGCUGCUGACGGCAGCAAACCUGCUGCUGCUGCUGCUGCUGCUGCUGCUGCUGCAGCAGCAGCAGCACAGAAAUCCCCCAAGAGACCCAAGGCUAAACCCAGCAGCAGCAGCAGCAGCAGCAGCAGCAGCAGCAGCAGCAAACUAGCAGGAAAGAAGCUGGUGCUUACUGGGGUGCUGCAGCAGAUGACGAGAGAAGAAGCAAUAGAGAGAAUCCUUGCUGCUGGGGGUUUUGUUACCACUGCGGUAUAA